AUGCCAGCUAUUGGCUACGGCACGUGGGUCAAUGUGGGUAAAAAUGGCCGCCUCCUAUUGGAAGAUAAACCGAAAUUAGUAGAGGCUAUGUCUCACGCCAUAGACGUGGGCUACAGACAUUUGGAUACCGCACACCUUUACCAGACGGAACCUGAAGUAGGCUGGGUUGUACGGAAGAAGAUACAGGAAGGAGUUAUCACGAGGGAACAAGUGUUUAUAACUACGAAGGUAUGGCAACACAAUCACAGGCCGGAGGAUGUGGAGGCCUCGGUCCGAGGAUCACUUGAGAGGAUGGGUCUGGAUUAUGUUGAUCUCGUGCUCAUGCACUGGCCUAUGUCUAUAUCGUUAAACAUAAAUUUGGGUCAAAAAGACUUGGUGUCUUAUUGUAAGAAGAAUGGCAUCCAAUGUGUCGCGUACACUCCCUUCGGAAGUAUGAUGCCGAAUAGAGAAGAUCCAAAUAAUCAAGGAACAAAGUAUGAACGCGGUCUGGUUGCUAUACCAAAAACGCUAACGAAGUCUCGCGUCGUAGAAAACGCCUCCAUUUUCGACUUCAAGCUCGAUGCAAGUGAUGUAAAGACGCUGGACUCUCUAGAUAACGGCUAUCGAACAGUUCGUCCGUUAUUCUGGCAGGACUACGAAUACUAUCCGUUUGAUCGUAUCGACGCUCCCGUACCGAAAUUACCUGAAAUCUUCCUCAAGUGGGAAGAUGGCGGGAAAAUUGACAUCUGA